UUGAUAGUAAUCACUUAAUCCGCGUGACGUCACGCACGUGCGUACGUGCCUCUUCGCCAAAGUGGAAAUGUCCGCCAUUACUGCUGCUACAUCCCUGCAGUGCACAGGUAAGAAGUUUGCUUAAACGUUUUUUGCAUGUGAGUUCUUUAGAUAUAUUUAGAGCCUAAAGCGAAAGAAAGAGAGAUUGGUAAACUUGCUGUGGGACUGCUUGUGACGAUAUUUUAAGCGAAACGUGCUGUGGCAUGCAGCAAGUUUCUCGACCUGACCAGCUAAUUGUUGCUAACUUUAACUGUUACCAUGCUGGCUGCAAUGAAAGCGGUCAUAUGGUUUUCCGUGGUUGCCUUAAUAUUUUAUUCGUUAGUUUAGUUACGUGUUUUGUCGGGUUUAAUUAACGUAACUAAUAUUUGGCGUGUCUUAGAGUUACUUCAUGCAUUUGAAAAAACUGUUAACCAUAUCUGCCUAAUUAAAGAGUGAAAGGCAAUUAAAACGUUGAAAACACUGAAAGUUAACGUUAAUUAUUAGAGUACACAACAAUAAUAGUUAUUCUAAUGUUUCCCGUUGAGGCGGACCGUUUGUGAUGCAUUAAUUUAUUUGUGCAGGCUUUUUAAGUUUUCUGGUUCUUUUCUCAACCAGAAAUUGGCGGCAUGCGACCCCAUUUUAAUCGGGCAAGUUUUGGCAAGUUUCAGUAAAGGCAAUGGUUUGCAUUCAGUUUUUGCCCCGAUGUAAUGCUGGAACGUUUUACUACACGUCAUGUAUUUUAGUAAGGAGAGAUCAUUAAAAAAAAUUAGUCUUGUGAUUUGUGUGUGAAAUAACACUCUCAUGGUCAAGGUCAGGGCACAGUGUCCAGGGUUUGUGCAGUAACCUGACCUCCAAAGAUUAGCAGUGUUGACGAAAACAUAAUAAGUAAAAAGAAAAACACCCAACAUCCUUAUUUGCCUGCUAAACUUAAGAGCCAGUAUAGACUUUUGUUUGUUAUAUUUAUUUGGUGAUAAAAGGACCGUUCUAACCAUUUGUAUUUUUUUUCCUAUGAAUGUAUGAGGAUUUUUACUUAGCCAAAGUUUAAAUAUAUUAAGUAGCCUGUUACAUUUUUUGCUAAAUUACACCCAGAAAAGCCUUUAGACGAUCAAGGCAUCAGCAAGACAUAACAUUACAUUAGUAACCUGCUGAAUGUAUUUAUUCUAUGUUGCCCUCACCUUUUAGGAUUUUGACAUGGAAGACAACUUAUUGUGCAAAGAAAGAGAAAAUAAAUAGCUUAAUUUUUUGAGACCAAAAAGAACAAAGUGUUUUUCGGGUGUCCUUGGGUUUUGUAUAUUAAAGUCUGAAACACCAUAUUUCAUGUAAUUUCUGUAAUGUAAGGUAACUGACAAUUAUUCAAUGCUUCUCUAUUACUUUGCUCUGGUUUUGUAAAAAGAUUGCAGCCUAUCUCACUUUUCAAUCUCUUCUCUCUUCAGGUUGAAAUUGAAGCAACAAAAGACUGGCUGAGAUACAGAUACCAGAUUCUUCAAUCUGUUAAUGCAGACUACCUUUGCCCUUCGGCGCAAUGAGAUCGUCAGUGAUGAUCCCCCUGUUGAUGAGAUCCUGGAACGCUGGCCUGCACUCAAAAUGGAGUCACAAAUCUGUGCUGAGUUUCACAGAAUCUCAAACAUCAACCUAAAGAACUGCUUCUAUGCUGAGUUGGAUCGACAUGCCCCACGUCUUCAGCGCUUGUUCAGGAGGAAAGCUGCACGGACAGGGAAAGCAGCUGAAGUCCUCAGUCGGAUCUUCCAGAUGUAUGACCUCCAGGAACAAGUUGAUGUUCAUGUCAGACGUGCUGCUGUUCUCCGUGCUCUCCCUGCAUAUCUGCAUGAUGACGACUCUGGAUUUCUCAAGCAAUGGGAUGUGGCGCAGUCUGAACCAGACAUUGGUGACUUACCGGUUGGGCUCUUGAUCAGUGCCACUUCAGAUGCCAUGUACCUCUGCCCAGAGAAGGUUGCGGUCAUGCUCGAGGGUAAAACAGUCAUUGAUUUUCCCACAUUCGCUGACGCAUUUGUAGUGCUUUUCGCACUGAUUUAUGCACUGCAUCUGAAUUACCCAAAAGACAUGGCAAAUACUUUUGACUUCACUCAGAAAGUCUUGAUGGGUCUGGAGGAUGGAAACAUGAGACCCAGGGUCUUGAGCCUCAAAAAUGAACUUUUGGCAGUGGAGUAGUUUGUUCCUGUUUUAAAACAUCUUAGAGAUGUGUUUUUCAAAGAUUUUUAUUGUUCAAUUUUGAAUGUGUUAAUGUUCAAGAAAACUCAUUCUGUACUGGUAAGAUCCCAUACCAUGCGGUUGUCCACUAUGUGGUUCUUUUGUCAGGCCAUUUUGUUAGGCCCUUGCACUAUUGUUCAAUGUUACUGUUCCUGUUUUUGCACUGAAUGGAAGCGUAUAGGGCAAGAUAUUGAUGUAUAACGUGAAAGUUGUCAACCAGCAGAGAUAUUGCCUUAAUAUUCAUUGUCAUGUAACUCUUUUUAAUAUGCGGCCAUUAUAAGCAAACUGAAAAAUUGGUGAACAGAACGGUUUAUGGCAAUAUUUGGAUAAUUUUGGUAUCAAUUGCCUUUCCUUGUCAGGAAACGUACAAAAAUGUUUUUAACUUGCCACGAUUGUAUAUUAAUAUCAUGAUAAAAAUUGGCAUGUACCAUUAUAGGAGUAUAUACAUAUUGUCCACUUCUAUAGUUUGGGGAAAAAAGUAAUUUCCCAAAGGCCCCUGCACUGUUUUUGAAGGUGUUAUCGUGCUAAUUUCAGUGUAAAAUGUUUUUGGUUACUAAAUAAAAUAGUAACUUGCAUUUGAA